GACAGAAAUCGACAGCUUCUGUCUGCACCACUGGUAAAAACGGCGGCGCGUUCCCAAGGUGGCCCGCCUGGAAGACCUCAUGAGUUUUCCACCCCUCCCCCCCCGGGGCUUCACGAAAGUCAUUUUUAAAGAGUACUCAUGCAGACACUGGGCGUUGAAUAAAGCAAUGGACACAAAAGCGAGGGGCUGUGGUGGGAGAGCAUGUGCUCUUUGCUUGCAAAAGAUACCAGGUUCAUUAUCUGACAUUCCAGGUAACAGGUGAUGUGAAAGAUCUUCAUUUAUACCCCGCGUUUCUUCCGAAGAAGGAUCCAAAGCGGCUUGCAACAUCCCCCAUUUUAUCCUCACAACAGCCCUGUGAGCCAAGUUAAGCUAAGAGUGCGUGACUGAUCCAAGGUCACGCAGUGGCAGAGUGGGUGUGGGUGUCCCACCAGAUCCUAGUCCGGCUCGGGAAGAAGCUGAAGCUUUAGUUACUUUCACUAGUUGGCAGCCAGCCCCAGUUACACUUUCUGGCAAGAGCAUUUAAAGUUGUCGGAAAUGAGUCUUUCCUGCUUGAGAUCAUCCUCCCAUAUGCAAAUAUUCCCAAUCCCACACCAGCGACCUAGAAAGUAAGCAGCCCCGAACCCUCCCGUUGAUAGCUCCCCUUCCCACCUCUAGGGGGCGGCGGAGAGCUCAGUCGACGCCCAGAACCAGGAAGUUGCCGUCAGUACAUUCCCUUCCAGGGCUAUAGCUGUGGUUUGUUUUGUUGGAACGUACUAAGAGCAAAAGGGGGGAAACACCCUGAGGUCGAAAACGAUAAACAGCGGGAAAGAAGAAAAAAUGCAUAAGUAUAAUGUGAUGAGUAGGCAAACAGUUGGUUAGUAACACAUAUUUAUGACACAAAAAGAACAGCACUGCCUUUUGCCAAGAAGGCAGGUUGACUAUUUUUUUAUACCCCCUUUUCCAUUUGUGCGUUGUUGGGCUGGCCCGAGUGUUAGGCUGGAUCAUCCUGGGAAGCAUCAGCAGCAGGUCCAGCCAAGAUGAACUGUCGUUCAGAAGUGCUGGAGGUGUCGGUGGAGGGUCGCCAAAUUGAAGAAGCUAUGCUGGCUGUGUUGCAUACCAUACUGCUCCACCGCAGCACAGGGAAGUUCCAUUACAAAAAGGAAGGAACCUAUUCCAUUGGAACAGUUGGCACACAGGAUGUUGACUGCGACUUCAUUGAUUUUACCUAUGUCAGGGUUUCUUCAGAAGAGCUGGACCGGGCAUUGAGAAAGGCUGUUGGGGAAUUCAAGGAUGCUCUGCGAAACUCUGGCAACGAUGGGAUAGGCCAGAUCUCACUGGAGUUCUAUCAGAAGAAAAAGUCACGGUGGCCUUUCUCAGACGAGUGCAUCCCUUGGGAAGUGUGGACGGUCAAAGUGAAUGUUGUGAGCCUGGCUAAUGAGCAGGAACGACAAAUCUGUCGUGAGAAGGUGGGUGAGAAACUCUGUGAAAAAAUCAUCAAUAUUGUGGAGGUGAUGAACCGGCAUGAGUACCUGCCCAAGAUGCCCACCCAGUCAGAGGUGGACAAUGUCUUUGAUACAGGGUUGCGGGAUGUCCAGCCCUACCUGUAUAAGAUAUCUUACCAGAUCACUGACUCACUUGGGACUUCAGUCACCACCACCAUGCGGCGCCUCAUUAAGGACACUCUGGCACUCUGAUGCCCAUGAGAAUGUCAAUCUGACAUCAUUGGGAGGCAACACAAGCAACUGGCUUUCUGUCCUCACUCAGCUUCAGAGUACUGAAUCCAUCCAUCCAUCCUCCCUGAAAACCCAAGAACCUUGACACCCAGAUAUUCUGUUCUAAUUCAUUGAUCUCCAAAGCCAUCCAGGGCCAGGAUGACUCUCAGGCCCACCGCUUCUCUAGGUCCUUAUAAUAAAGAAAGGAAUUCUGGAGUCCUCCCUCAGUUCCUUUUUUUUUUUGGCUCCAUUAGAUGAACUACAGUUAUGUCAUUUUGUAAGAGAGAACUGCAUGCAAGUUUAGUGAUAAUUACCCAGCUGCAAAGUUGGUGCUCUCCAUGAGUCCUAAAAUUAUAUUCAGAACAGAUGCCUUGAUUUCUUAACUGUAUAAUCUUUUGCAAGUCUGCCAAGGCUGGGGUUACUUUCCUUGGCAAACUGGGUGCCUUUCUUUCUGCUACCCAAUCUGUCCUUACCCCAUUUAUGGCUUUAUAGGAAUAGAACGUUAUUACAAAAUCCUUGUCUUUCUGUGCGUGGUUUUAGGGAAGUUACCAUAUGUAGCAAGGACCUGUGUUUUUCUUGUGAGUAUUGGAUUUGUAAAGGUGGUGAGUCUAAUAGACCUGUUCAGAGAGUCAUCUGUUCUUGCCAGUCCAGGCAUAAGCAAACCUGGUUCUCUGCAGAGUUUGGAAGAGCAGUAGUUGCAGUAUUAGAAACAAUAAGAAUCCUCCAUGUUUAGUAUACUUUUUCCAUUUUAAUGUUUUCUGUAUAAUAAACAGUAGCCUGGAAAUUAAAAAAA